UUACAGAAAUCAGCCGAUGGAUCAAGUCAUCUCUCGCUCACUAUACCAAUUACAAGAGAUGUGAAUAACCUUUUUCCCUCCAAUUCUAGCGUAGAACGUCACAGUGGUUUCAAAGAAAUGGACCAAUGAAUAUCAACCACUACGCAAAUAAGAAGAGCGCCGCGGAGAGCAUGUUGGACAUUGCCCUGCUGAUGGCCAACGCGUCCCAGCUGAAAGCCGUGAUGGAGCAAGGACCUUCUUUUUCCUUCUACAUCCCACUUAUAGUUCUUAUCAGCCUGUCUCUCACACUGCAGGUUAUGGUGGGAGUGCUCCUGAUAUUCCUUGUAAAAUAUGACCUUAACAACCCUGCAAAACAUGGAAAGCUGGAUUUCCUCAACAACCUUGCAACUGGCCUAGUAUUCAUUAUAGUAGUUGUGAAUAUUUUCAUCACUGCCUUCGGAGUGCAGAAGCCAGUUCCUGAGUCAGCCUCAAGACAGUGAACACCAGAGACCCGAAGCAUUCGUUCUUCUGUACAUGCCAUUUGCACUUGAGCCAGUUACACGUGGACACAGUGAGGAAGAAAAAUAUCUAAAGAAGCUGGACAUACAGAGCAGCUUUCUCAAGUGUCCAACAACCAACGCAUUUGUGCACCUAAAAUUUUCCAAUGUGCUAAUAUUUAAACUGUUCAGCAUCUAAGGAAAGGUUGAUUUUGACCCAAGGACGUUGUUUGCCUGGAAUAUUGGCAUUUCAAUUUCGGUAGAAACUAAUUGUUUUUCAGAGAAGUGGCAUAAGCACAUCUAACAAAAUGGCACUUCCCCUUUUCCGUGCCUUUUUGUUUUUGUGGCAGUUUGUCCUUCCCAGUGUGGGGAGAAGCGACAGGCCCUCGUUUCUGGCCUUUGUUUCCCCACGUUGGCCUUUGUUUCCCUCGCCUGGCACCCAACCCGAGUGCCCCGUCGCGCAGCAGGGAUCCUCUUCUGUGGUGUGCAAGGACAGCCCUCCCUUCUUUUCUUGUUUUUUCCACUCUAGCUAAAGCAGAGACAAGAGGAACAGUAGCAAUGGGCCCAUUUUGUCCAGUUUUGCUCCCAGGUACCAUUUGUCCCGUUUCUUCAUCUCUGGAACACACUUAACGUCUCCUUUGUGCACAGACGCACAAAUAACCUACGUGCUAAUAGUUUCUUACAAUUAACUGCUAUGCUCCGUAUUCUGUGCGUGGUAUGUAUUUCUGGAAACUCUGUUAGAAGUGCUACUUUUUCUAGGCCCCACUGAAAAACUAGAGGAUACUGGGAGAACUUUACCUGCUAAACUGGUACCGUGUGCCGGCCACGAAGCUGAGCAGCAAACUGAAACAAGUUUAUCCCGCUAUAACUUUUCCCUCUUCUCUUCCCAAGAUGGAUUGCUGAAGUUGUGUUACUCUUAUGAGUUUAUGGCUAAAAGCAUUGCUAAUUUUUUAAAUUUUAUUUUUAAAUAUAUAUAGAGAGAUACAAAUACCUUCUAGGUUCUUACCUGCUGGUUCAGGAACUGACACUUUUUUUCUAAAUACACUAUUGCUAGUAAUGGUGUACAUUGUAAACAUUUCUACCACAAAAACAUUUCAGUCAUUUUAUUUCAAAAGUAUCACAUCUUAUCAGAAAAAUCCAAUUUUUCUAGAGUGGGCUUACUUGUAGAUGCGGAUUUGUACCGAUACAUUUCCUUUACCAUUAAUUUUAAAUUAUGCUCCCUUGCACUUAUUAACAGAAGUUUGACUUCCAUGUGUCUCAUCUCAUUGACCAUUUUUAUUGAUCACAUUUCUCUUUAGUUCUGUCUCAUAGAAGUACCAUAUCUCAUUUACACAUCCUGUAAGAAUUAAUAACAGAAAACCAUUCAGAAACUUGUGUGAUUAGUAAUGGAAUAGACAUGCUUUUUUAUUUUUUAAUUUGUCUUUUGUUGCUUCAUUUCCGACUUAAAAUGCAUUUAACCAGUAUCUAGCAAGCAAUGGAUUUAAUUGUGCUUGUUGUACUAAUGUAAACAUAGCUCAGAACAAGUUCUGACUGAGGUACUCAGGACAGUUUUCCUUAUUUAUUUUUUACAAAACAGCGAACUGUUGAAGGACUGUUCCUACAUCCUUGUGCUAUCGCAGUUUUGAUGCUGCAGCGUAGGGAACCGACUGGCCAAAGAGCAGUGCUGAAAGCCUUAAAAAAACCCCUUUCUUUUGGAGAAAACAGGUGUCUGUAUGCAGAGUCCUUCCAAGCAUGAAAUUUAUCUGCGGCUCGACAUUGCGCAGUAAUUUUGGUAAGAUUCUUGAAUGUACCACCUUUGUUACCUCUCGCCUUUGGACUCGCUGGAGCGGUGGCCCAUCUGUGCGUCUCGUUCACUCUGGAGAAGCUCCAGAGGCUCUUCAUACCUAAGCGCUGUGCCUGAAGUAGUCACUGUGUGUUGUCCCAAAUGCAUUACACAUCCAAAAGAUAGUUACUUUUUAAUUUAGGGAUGAAUAUCAAGUUUUUUUCAUUGCCAGAUUUGCAUCUUUCUACUAUUGAAGCAAGACAUAAAAAUAGGAAGAAAUGUGUUUCUGGCACUUAGCACUUUUUGACUGGUCCUGACUGCCCUCAAGGCAGAUGUAAACACGUGCCCAGGCUCUACUGAUGUUUUUAUACUCACGGUAUUUAUACUCAGUGGUGAUUUGGCCUGAUUUUGAAUGUAGCUUUCCAUUCCUGUGCUACUCAUUGUCAUGCUCUUAGAAGCGUGAUCGUGUUUGACUUGCACUGAAACCCUUGAAAGCAGUCAGAGGGGCUGCAGUACAGACAGACCAGGUCUUCUCCCAUUUUGUUCCCCUCAUUAUUGGACCAUAAUUUUUCAGGUCACUCAAGCAAACAAGCUGUUACAGCAGGUUUCUCUAGAAAAUUGUAAUAGCUGUUGUUAUAGCAUCUUUACUACUAAGCUGUUGCCCAACAGAAGCUACCAAGGCUUGUACAUCCCAUCUCCCAGCAGCUUCUGGAACUGACUGGGUCCAGAGCCCAGGGUAGGGAACACUCUCCAGGCAAUGACUUGUCAACUGCAGAUUCCAGUGGACUUUGCAAGACACGGGGUUUGGGACAUACAGGAGGGAAAAGAAAGUUCCUUCCAGCUUGAACACCUUGUUGGGUGCCAAGAGCUCAAUGUGGAGAUGUGCGUUAAGGGGUCGGUGUCUGCUCACUUGAACUCUGCCGGAGCCCGGCCCAGAACAACAAACCCCUGUGAACCUUCUGCCUCCCGAGCUCCUGCAAGUGGGACCGAAGCAUCACAACAGAGACACAGGCAACGUCUGAGCGCCUGGUCUCUUCUUCUGGUUCUGAACACAGGAAAACCCAAGCUGAACGCCAUCCAUCUGAACACAAGACUGUCCUGGGCAACAGCAGUAUCCAACCUGCAGCUGGAUGUCUUUUUUUAAAAUAAAAAGGAUGCUGGUUUA